AUGGCCACCGACAAUACCGCAGAACGAGCUGUAAACAAGGAGCUCGGAACAACGGUACCCGUACAGGCAUUAUCAACGGACGACAAGCAAGACUAUUCCACAAAUGAAAAGCAUCUUGAGCAAACCCCGGACGAGGUAAAUCUCAGCUACAAUGAUGAUGAGGAAGAGCCCGAACUUCAUAUGCGGACCUGGCUCGCGCUUGGUGCCAUGUGGCUUCUGAACUACGUCCAAGUCGUAGCGCUCCAGGGUCCUCCAGCAGUGCUUGACUGGAUCGGCAAAGAUCUGGCAAGCCCAGAAACCCAAACAUGGGUGCCAAACUCGUUAUCGUUGGCUCAAGCUGUCCUUGGACCUGUGAUCUCCUCAGCCUCAGACACCUUCCAAGCUCGAAAGACUUUACUCGUUGGAUCUUGUGUAGUCUCCUUUGUGGGUGCAGCCAUCGCACCUGGAUCGAACAGCAUGGGCCGACUCAUCGCGGCACAAACCUUGAUUGGUUUUGGUUUUGCCGCAGUGCCACUGGCUUACUGCGUACCCAGUGAGAUUUUGCCCAGGAAAUGGCGACCAAUCAUCCAAGCUUGUAUCAAUAUCGCGGCUGCAUGUGGUGCAAUUUCAGGUCCUUUGAUCAUUGGAGCAUUGACCAAAAGCAACCCUCAUACAGGAUGGCGCAACUUUUUUUGGAUUCAAAUGGCAUUCUGGGGCAUUACUGCCAUCGGAAUAUUCUUUGGAUAUCGCCCACCAAAGCGACAUACUCGACUAGAUCAUCUGUCAUUCUGGCAGAAGCUUGGACAUCUCGAUCUACCUGGAUGCGGCCUACUCACAACUGGUUUGACACUUUUUCUGACUGGACUCAAUUUGGGUGGCAACUUGUACGCUUGGACAAACGCGCGCACUCUGUCUACCUUGAUUAUCGGCCUUGUUAUCCUCAUUGGAUUUGGCGUUUACGAAUGGAAGGGGACUAAAACCGGUAUCCUAAAUCAUGAAUUAUUCCGUGGUGGGAAGAACCGAGGCCGAACAUUCGCUAUCUGUGUUGCUCUCAUCUUCAUUGAAGGCAUUAUGCUGUUUAGCUACAUUGUCUUCUAUCCCGUCAUGACUUCUUCCCUCUUCGAAACCGACCCAUUCCUCCUCGUCGCACGCUCACAGCCCUACUGGGUAGCUGGUCUGUUCGCCACUGUACUCUGGGGAACCCUCAGUACCAAAUUCCGAACUAUUCGAGAACCCUUAUUUGUCGGCUACCUUCUAUUCACGGCUGGCAUUGUCGGUCUCGCGACAAUUGAGCCUGGACACCAGUUGAAUCAGCUAAUGUUUUCAGCCCUCGCCGGUAUCGGAUUCGGCUCUCCUCUCAUUCUCAUCAUUACUGGUGUUCAACUCUCUACCCCUCACAGCCUCAUUGCGACAGCAACGGCAGUUACCACAUCAUCUCGAGCGGUGGCAGCUACAGUCUUCACUGCAAUCUAUGCUGCAACAUUGACAUCUGGUUUAACAUCCAAGAUCCCGAAUUAUGUUGCCGCAGCGGGCGGUAGAGCUGGUCUUCCAGCCUCGUCCAUCCCUGCAUUCGUCGGAGCCCUUGCCACAAAUGACCCCGAGGCUCUGGCGGCGGUGCCUGGUAUUUCACCAUCGAUCAUUGCGCUAGGCGUUGCGGCCUUGCAACAAGCAUUCGCCGACUCACUUCGCAAUAUUUACAUCAUCGCCGCAGUCUUUGGCGUUGUGGCAUGUAUCGCUUGCUGCUUCCUGGGCGAUAUGCGCAAGACAAUGAAUUAUCAUGUUGAUGCACCUGUAGAAGAUUUGCAUGCAAAGCAUGCUCAUAAUACUGGAGAUCGGGCAGCAUAG